AUGACCGUUUCAGAGAUGGUCGUGGUGGUGGUAGGCGGGCUGGUCAUCAUGGCCAAAAUGGAGGACGAGCUCAUGGACGUGGUCGUGGCCAUCAAGUUCAUUUUGAUGAUGAAGAAUUUGAUAACUUUGGUCACGAAGAGGGGUCUAAUGAGAAUCCCUUUGCAAAUGAUGGGCUGCAUAGGUGGCACCAUUAUCAUCGGCGGCAUGCUGAUCAUGGAGAUAGAGAGCAUCAUCAUGGACGUUAGGUGUGUCAAUCUUGCUUCAGUGGAGUUCUCUGGUUAUGCUCUGACUUGGUGGAAUCAAAUACAAGAGAAUCAACUUGUGUUGGGCCGUGAACAUAUCAACACAUGGGAAGAGAUGAAACAAGUGAUGAGAAGGCGAUUUGUACCAUCAAGCUAUCAGCGUGACCUUCGCAAUAGGUUACAAAUGUUGAAGCAAGGAAAAAGAUCGGUUGAUGAGUACUAUAAGGAGAUGGAGCUGCUGUUAGUGCGGACUGGAAUUAGAGAGGAUCCAGAGUCAAAAAUGGCAAGAUUUUUGGGUGGUCUCAAUGAGGAAAUUGCUGGUUUUAUUGAGAUGUUUCCAUAUCAUACUUUGCAAGACCUUGUUAAUCAAGCUAUGCGUACUGAAAGAAAAAUUCAGCAAGAGACACGUGGAAAAUCUUAUGCAACAUCAUCCCCUGUAUAUCAGCAGCGACCUACUACAAGUGUAGCAGCCCCAACUAUUGUUUCCUCAGCUACUACUUCCUCUGCACGUAGUAGAGAAAUUGUGUGCCACAAGUGUCAUGGUCGUGGACAUAUUGCUGCACAAUGUCCUAGUAGGAGGACCAUGAUUGUGAAUGAUAAUGGUGAAUGGGAAUCUGAAAGUGAUCGAGAGGAAGAAGGUCCAAGAUAUGAUGAGGAUCAUGAGAACCAUGAUAAUGAGAUCCAACCCGAUGAAGGUGAUAACAACUGCUUUAUUUCUCUUCGUGUGCUUAGUGUUACUGCUGCAAAGGAAGAGAAUGGGCAGCGACACAAUCUUUUCCACACUCGAGGCAUGAUCAAAGAGAAGUUGUGUAGAAUUAUUGUUGACAAUGGCAGCUGCAACAAUAUUGCUAGCCAAGAAUUGGUUGAUAGAAUGGAGCUAAAACAAAGGCGUCAUCCUAAUCCAUACAAGAUGCAGUGGCUGAAUGAUUGUGGUGCGCUGCGUGUGAGCCAUGUUGUGACAGUUCCUUUCUCUAUUGGGAGGUAUAAUGAUCAUGUGGAGUGUGAUGUGGUGCCUAUGCAAGCAUGCCAGCUGCUGCUAGGUAGACCAUGGUUAUAUGAUCGUGAUGAAUAUGAGGAUGUCUUUCCAGAGGAGGUACCACCAGGACUGCCACCCAAGAGAGGAAUAGAACAUCAAAUUGACCUUGUUCCCGGUGCUUCACUUCCAAACCGAGCUGCAUACCGCACCAAUCCGGAGGAAACAAGAGAAAUUCAGCAACAAGUGGAAGAAUUGAUGAGGAAAGGGUAUGUGCAGGAAAGUCUUUCACCUUGUGCAGUCCCUGUUCUUUUAGUUCCAAAAAAAGAUGGUUCAUGGAGAAUGUUUUUUCUUGGUUUUGUUGUUUCAGGACAUGGUGUGGAGGUGGAUGAGGAUAAGAUCAAAGCUGUUCGUGAGUGGAUGCCUCCACAGAAUGCGAAUCAAGUGCGUAGCUUCCUUGGACUUGCUGGUUUCUACCGGCGAUUUGUGAAAGAUUUCAGCACCAUUGCUGCUCCAAUCAAUGAGUUGACAAAGAAAGGAGUGCCUUUUAAUUGGGGAGAAGCACAAGAGAAGGCAUUUGAAGAACUGAAGAUGAAGUUGACAACAGCCCCACUUCUUGCACUUCCAGAUUUCGGUAAGACUUUUGAAAUUGAAUGUGAUGCAAGUGGUAUAGGAAUUGGUGGCGUUCUCAUGCAAGAAAGGAGGCCGAUUGCAUACUUCAGUGAAAAGCUAAGUGGUCCAACUCUGAAUUACUCAGUUUAUGAUAAAGAAUUAUAUGCUCUUGUUAGAAGCUUGGAAACUUGGCAACACUACCUUUUGCCUAAAGAAUUUGUGAUACAUUCAGACCAUGAAUCUUUGAAACAUCUUAAAGGCCAACUAAAACUGAACCGAAGACAUGCAAAAUGGAGUGAGUUCAUUGAGUCCUUUCCUUAUGUUGUCAAGUACAAGAAAGGAAAAGAUAACAUUGUAGCUGAUGCUUUGUCUCGACGGCAUGAGGGUUUCUUAUUUCGAGCUAAUAAACUUUGCAUUCCAGAUUGCUCUGUUCGCAUUUUGCUAGUGCAAGAAGCUCAUGCAGGAGGACUUAUGGGCCAUUUUGGUGCAAAGAAAACAGAACAAGUGCUGACUGACCAUUUCUUUUGGCCUAAGAUGAGAAGAGAUGUGGAGAGGCAUGUUCUUCGCUGUGAAACCUGCCAUAAAGCUAAGUCCCGUUUGAAUCCUCAUGGUUUAUACACUCCUCUACCUAUCCCUAGUGUCCCUUGGGAGGACAUUUCUAUGGACUUUGUCCUUGGUUUACCACGAACCAAGAGGGGGAAGGAUUCCAUAUUUGUUGUGGUUGAUAGAUUUAGCAAAAUGGCACACUUUAUUCCCUGUCAUAAGAGCGAUGAUGCUUCACACAUUGCUGAAUUGUUUUUCAGAGAAAUUGUGCGUCUACAUGGAGUGCCACGUACCAUCGUGUCUGAUCGUGACACCAAGUUUUUGAGUUACUUUUGGAAAACCUUGUGGGAAAAACUGGGGACAAGGCUGCUCUUCUCCACAACGUGUCAUCCUCAAACAGAUGGACAAACUGAAGUUGUGAACCGCACAUUAUCAACAUUGCUGCGAGCUAUCCUAAAGAAGAAUCUGAAAUUGUGGGAAGAAAGCUUGCCUCAUGUGGAGUUUGCAUACAACAGGGCAGUACAUUCGACCACAAAAUUUUGUCCAUUUGAGAUUGUCUCUGGGUUCAAACCUACUGCUCCCAUCGAUCUUUUGCCUUUGCCUUUGGUUUGGGUGCACCUGCGCAAGGAUCGCUUUCAUGAACAACGCAAGAGCAAGCUGCAACCCCGAGCCGAUGGUCCAUUCAAAGUGCUUCGCAAGAUCAAUGACAAUGCUUAUGAAAUUGAUCUUCCAAGUACUUAUGGUUGGGAGGGUACCGGUGGAUAUAAAGGUUGGUACUGGGAGGAAGAGUACAUUCCGCACGUGCGAAAUUCUAUUACACAGGAGGUUGCGGCUGAAGGUGAUGAGGCAGGUGACCUCUCUUCUUCCACCUCCGACCAGAACACAGAAACCGCCGCCGCUCUCGAUCUCCCAUCGCUGCCGCCUCCGCGCAGGAGCUCUCCUUCGUCGCGGUCGUCUGUUGUCCUCCUCGUCCUGCGCACUCAUCCUCCUCCGCUUCAGCCCGCGCGCUCAUCCUCUGAUCCGCCACCGUGCCGACCGUCGUCGUCGUUGCUCGCGCUCGUCCACCGCGCCAUCCUCCUCCACCACCGCGCCGUCCUCCUCUGCCUCAGCCCACGUGCUCAUCCACCGUCGCUCGUCGUCCUCCAUCUCUCCUUGGCUGAAUAUAUGUAUAUAUGA